AUGCUCGGUGUAUGGGGAAAUGCUGUUUGUUGUCUGUGGAGUGUUAAAGACCGAGAUCUUGAGUGGGAGAUUAUUCCCUUAGUGCGAUCAUUUGGUAUUGCCAUCGCACCUUGGGGUGUACUUUGUCAGGGAAAACUACUUUCAGAUAUCAAGCGGCGUCAAGAGUCGGGAGAGGGACACAGUGGGAUAAUCAAAUCCGAUACUUGGCAUCAAACCGAAGACGAAAUUCGCAUCUCUCGUACGUUGGAGACAGUCGCAAAAGAAAUCGGAGCGAAGAGUGUCACCGCUGUACUUACAGUCGGUAUCGCCUACGUCAUGCAGAAGACCUCUUAUGUCUUCCCUGUUGUCGGAAGACGCAAAGUUGAACAUUUAGUUGAAAACUUGGAGGCAUUAGAUAUCAAGCUCUCGGAUGAGAAUAUCAACUACCUCGAGGUAUCCUCCCGUUCCACGCCGGAUUCCCGUAUACUUUCAUUGUGA